GCGGUAGUGCGGCGUCUGAGGCGCGCAGAGAGACAACGCGCUGGACUGACAUGCACCAGAGACAGCGAUAUGCACACAAAAUGCUGCGUCCACGACCUCUGACAAGCUGCUGCAUGUGAAGGAAAUAAAGCCACAGCAAACGGUAUCGCCCAGACGGAAGCUUUCGCGCAGGCAGUGCUUUGCCGCAGAAAUCAUCCCACCAGAGCUCCUGCCGAUGCGCCCCAGCUGUGCAUGAUUCCCUCCGUUCGGCGUGCAGGUCCAGGACAAAACCGGGCAGUGUUGACGACUGUGCGUGGUGGAUACUGUUUGUGAGUGCACCUCCUCCGCUUCUCCGCACACCCCUUGGCAAACUCCUUCAGGAUGGCGUUAACGAUCUGCACGAGAUUUACCGACGAAUAUCAGCUGUUCGAGGAGCUGGGGAAGGGCGCAUUCUCUGUGGUCAGGAGGUGCGUGAAGAUCUCCUCCGGACAGGAGUAUGCUGCCAAAAUCAUCAACACCAAGAAGCUUUCUGCCAGAGAUCAUCAAAAGCUGGAGAGAGAGGCGAGGAUUUGCCGUCUACUGAAACACCCCAACAUCGUACGUCUCCAUGACAGCAUAUCAGAAGAGGGUUUCCACUAUCUGGUGUUUGAUUUGGUGACAGGAGGAGAGCUGUUCGAGGACAUCGUAGCCAGGGAGUACUACAGUGAGGCUGAUGCCAGCCACUGCAUACAGCAGAUCCUGGAGAGUGUCCAUCACUGCCAUGUUAAUGGGAUCGUUCACAGGGAUCUGAAGCCUGAGAACCUUCUAUUGGCCAGUAAGCUGAAGGGGGCGGCGGUCAAGUUGGCUGACUUUGGGCUGGCUAUCGAGGUGCAGGGGGACCAGCAGGCAUGGUUUGGUUUUGCUGGCACCCCGGGCUACUUGUCUCCGGAAGUUCUGAGGAAAGACCCAUAUGGGAAACCAGUGGACAUGUGGGCCUGUGGUGUAAUUUUGUACAUCCUGCUGGUGGGCUACCCUCCCUUCUGGGAUGAGGAUCAACACCGCCUCUACCAACAAAUUAAGGCUGGGGCCUAUGAUUUCCCAUCCCCAGAGUGGGACACUGUAACCCCUGAGGCCAAAGAUCUGAUCAACAAGAUGUUGACCAUCAAUCCCAGUAAACGCAUAACAGCUGCAGAGGCCCUCAAACACCCCUGGAUUUGCCAACGGUCCACCGUCGCUUCCAUGAUGCACAGGCAGGAGACCGUGGAGUGCCUGAAGAAAUUCAAUGCAAGGAGGAAACUCAAGGGAGCCAUAUUGACCACUUUGCUGGUCACAAGAAACUUCUCAGCAGCCAAGAGUUUGCUCAACAAGAAGCCAGAUGGCGUUAAGGUCAACAACAAAGCCAACACAGUGACCAGUCCUAAAGACACUGGCCCUGCCCCUGCACUGGAACCACAGACAACUGUGAUUCACAACCCUGUGGAUGGAAACAAGGAGUCCAUUGAGAGUGCCAACACUACCAUAGAGGAUGAAGAUGUAAAAGCUCGCAAACAGGAAAUUAUCAAAGUAACUGAGCAGUUGAUUGAGUCUAUCAACAAUGGGGACUUUGAGGCCUAUGCGAAGAUUUGUGAUCCUGGUCUGACUUCUUUUGAGCCUGAGGCCUUGGGUAACCUGGUGGAAGGACACGACUUCCAUCGCUUUUACUUUGAGAAUGCCCUGUCCAAAGGGAAUAAGCCGGUGCACACCAUCCUCUUGAACCCACAUGUGCACCUCAUUGGAGAAAACGCAGCGUGUAUUGCCUAUAUUCGACUGACCCAGUACAUGGAUAGCAGUGGCAUGCCCCGCACCAUGCAGUCUGAGGAGACCCGUGUGUGGCAUCGCCGUGAUGGCAAGUGGCAGAACAUCCACUUUCACCGCUCCGGCUCACCCAGCAUCCCUUCCCAGUAAGAGACAUUAAUGGAGUACCAACAUUCAAAAAAAGAAAAAAAAAAAAAUCCCAUCAGCAAAUCUAGUAGGGCAGUCAACUAGCCAACCCAUGGCUGCUCUCUAACCUUUGACCCUCCUAUAAGGACAUGACCUCGCACAGGACACAAGUAUUAAUACAUUUUACUGUUACGGCAUUUUAUUAAUGGACAUCAUUCAACACCACCAUCGGGUGGCUGCACACCAUAUUUGGACAUAAUGAACCAGGCAUAUUGACAACAUUUUUUUUGGUUUGUUUUUUAAGAUGUUUUGGUAUGCAUUUUAAAUAUAAAAUAGAGAUGUUUAAAAAAUCUACUACUGUAACCCCUCCCAAAUAUUAGUUCUGUAUUUUUAUGUGUAUUUAUGUGUGUGCAAUACAAAAACAUUUGGAAGAUCAGAAUGUUAAAAUUGAGCUUGCUUUAGUUCUGGUGAUGUAUAUACAUUGUGAUUGUUGAUAAAAAUAAAAACAAA